UCCUCGCUUAGGAUCCGUCUCCAUCCGUAUCUCGGGAACCCGUCGCGGCCUUGUCGGGGGUUGCCGGGUGCGGCGAAGGGUCCCGGGGAAGCCGGGGCGAGGCGGAUCGACCCGGAGCUCACUUCCACCCCUUUCUCUCCUCUCCAUCCUUGCCCGUCCAGCCAUGGCUCUGCGCUACCCCAUGGCCGUGGGCCUCAACAAGGGCCACAAAGUGACCAAGAACGUGAGCAAGCCGAGGCACAGCCGCCGGCGCGGGCGUCUCACCAAGCACACCAAGUUCGUGCGGGACAUGAUCCGAGAGGUCUGCGGGUUUGCCCCCUACGAGCGGCGCGCCAUGGAGCUGCUCAAAGUCUCCAAGGACAAGCGCGCCCUCAAGUUCAUCAAGAAGCGGGUGGGGACACACAUCCGGGCCAAGAGGAAGCGAGAGGAGCUGAGCAACGUGCUGGCGGCCAUGCGGAAGGCAGCAGCCAAGAAGGACUGAGAUCCCGACGGGCUGGGGCUACGCGGUCAUGUUGACAAGCAGGCUGCCAUGUUCUGGAAACACAUUUUUUAAUCAUAAUUAAAUUACUUCUAUGUGCA